GCCCCGAGCUGCGCCCCGCUCCCGCGAGCUCCCACACCGCUGGCGCACGCUGCGGAACUCGACGCCCGGGCUCGGCGACCGGACGCGGGGGUUACUACGCUCCUGGCCCACGAAGUGUGACAUACCGUCUCGGCGACCACAGAUAGGAGAUCUGAUAUCACUGCUUGAAAGUGGUGAUGCUCAGGAGCAGUCAGCGGGCACUGUAAGUUUUCUGUCGCUUGCAUCCCCUGGUGCUGUGACUACAGCAGGAAGACCUGGUGUUCCCUGAAGUCCGGGUUGUCUUCUGUGGAUGCCCGCUGCAGAUUCCAGUCUCCAGCAUCCUCCUGACUCCAUGGUAAAAUAAAAAACCUCACGAUCCCAGCACAGCCUGGAAGAGCCUUGGCACCUGGCAGGCCCCGGAAGCCCAUGACACCUCCUGCUCCUGCGUUGGCUCCUGUGUCUCCUUGGCCCCAGUUCCUGGAGACUGGAGGUCCUAGAGGCAGCUGGACCCGGGGACCCUGAGCAUCUGGAAACCAGCUCGGAGCUGUGAAGACUUUUGCAACAACUUCACGUGCAGGCCCGCUGAACAGGGAAUGUGUUUUCGCUCACACAGCUCCAUUGAAGGAAUCCCUGUCUCCUUCAGGGGACAGGGCAGCUCAGUGUCUGAGCAGCCAGGAGCAGUCUGCAGCCACCAGCUUCCUGAGGAGACUCUCAGCAUCCUCCCUUCUGAGGCCUUCCCCAGCUGGAAUCUGCUCAAGCCUCUUGCCAGCCGAGAAGCCAAACCCUAGCUCAGCUGUCAGAAGCUUUAUAGAGCAGCUGAGAAGGCUCUCCUUCUGGGCAGUCAGUUCCUGAGAGAGAACUAGGCACCUGUCAGAGACCCAAAUCCAACAGGAUAUGCUUCAGGACACAUUCUGGGAAAGGUCACUAGAAGCAGGGGCAGCUCUGGGCAGAGGGACUUCUCCACCUCCGGCAGCUCAGAUGCCACCCUGGGUGCCUCAGAAGCCUCUAUAAAGCCAAGAAGAGCCCUUGGCAUUGCCCCCUUCUCAUGGAUGUGAAAUGACCUCUGAUACAAUGAUGGCAGACCUCCAGCUCUCCCUCGGCAAUGGAAAGUGUGAGGCCCUGGAGAAGAUGCCUCCUCAGUGAGGGUGGAAACCCAUUCCCAUGUUGCCACUUCCCACACAUCAGAUUCUGUCACCAAGACACACACGUGCAGCAUGGGAGCUGCUGAGAGGCACCACUGCUCCCUCAAGCUGGCCCUGGCCCUGGGCUGGCUCCUCCUGGCUGGCUUCCCUGGGGCUGCAUUUGCAGCUGAAUGCCCCGACCAGAGCCCGGACCUGCAGCCCUGGAGCCCCGGGCAUGACCCGGACCAGCAUGCAUACAUCGGCCAGGGCAGAAGGCUGCUGCUCACCUCCUCUGCCACGGUCUACUCCAUCACCAUCUCAGAGGGAGGUAAGCUUGUCAUUAAAGACCACCACGAGCCCAUCGUGCUACGCACCCGACACCUCCUGAUUGACAGCGGUGGAGAGCUGCACGCUGGGAGCGCCCUCUGUCCUUUCGAGGGCAAUUUCAGCAUUGUGCUGUAUGGAAGGGCUGAUGAAGGCAUCCAGCCAGACCCUUACUAUGGCCUGAAGUACAUUGGAGUGGGACAAGGAGGCACCCUUGAGUUGCACGGACAGAAAAAGCUCUCCUGGACAUUUCUCAACAAGACCCUUCGUCCUGGUGGCAUGGAAGAGGGAGGCUAUUUCUUUGAAAGGAGCUGGGGCCACCGUGGAGUCAUUGUUCAUGUCAUCAACCCUAAGUCGGCCACAGUCAUCCAUUCGGACCGGUUUGACACUUAUAGAUCCAAGAAAGAGAGCGAACGUCUGGUCCAGUAUUUGAAUGCUGUGCCUGAUGGCAAGAUCCUUUCUGUCGCAGUGAAUGAUGAAGGUUCUAGAAACCUGGAUGACAUGGCCCGAAAGGCAAUGACCAAACUGGGCAGCAAGCACUUCCUACACCUUGGAUUUCGACAUCCCUGGAGUUUCAUCACUGUGAAAGGAAAUCCCGCCUCGUCAGUUGAAGACCAUAUUGAAUAUCAUGGUCACCGAGGUUCUGCUGCGGCCCGGGUUUUCAAACUGUUCCAGACAGAGCACGGAGAGCAUUUCAAUGUUUCUUCCUCAAGCGAGUGGGUUCAAGAUGUGGAGUGGACCGAGUGGUUUGACCACGAUAAGGUGCCUCAGAGCAAAGGUGGGGAGAAGAUUUCAGACCUGCGGGUAGCUUAUCCUGGAAGAAUCUGCAACCGUCCCAUUGACAUACAGGCCACAACAAUGGAUGGAGUCACCCUCAGCACCGAGGUUGUCUACAAAACCGGCCAGGAUUACAGGUUUGCUUGCUACACCCGGGGCCGGGCCUGCCAGAAGUACCGAGUGCGGUUCCUCUGUGGGAAACCGGUGAGACCCAAGCUCACCGUCAGCAUCAACACGAACGUGAACAGCACCAUCCUGAAUCUAGUUGACAACGUGCAGUCGUGGAAGCCUGGAGACACCCUGGUGGUUGCCAGUACUGACUACUCCAUGUACCAAGCAGAAGAGUUCCGCGUGCUUCCCUGCAAAACCUGCACCCCCACCCAGGUCAGAGUGGCAGGGAAACCUCGGUACUUGCACACUGGGGAGGAGAUCGAUGGCGUGGACAUGCGGGCCGAGGUCGGGCUUCUCAGCCGGAACAUCGUGGUGAUGGGGGAGAUGGAAGACCAGUGCUACCCCUACAGCAGCCACAUUUGCGAUUUCUUUGACUUCGACACCUUUGGGGGCCACAUCAAGUUUGCACUUGGAUUCAAGGCAGCCCACCUGGAGGGUGUGGAGCUGAAGCACAUGGGACAGCAGCUGGUGGGCCAGUACCCAAUUCAUUUCCACCUGGCAGGGGAUGUGGAUGAACGAGGAGGCUAUGACCCACCUACAUAUAUCCGGGACCUCUCCAUCCACCACACAUUUUCCCGCUGUGUCACAGUGCAUGGCUCCAAUGGCCUGUUGAUCAAAGACGUCGUGGGCUACAACUCCCUGGGCCACUGCUUCUUCACGGAGGACGGGCCAGAGGAACGCAACACUUUUGACCACUGCCUCGGCCUCCUUGUUAAGUCGGGGACCCUCCUCCCGUCAGACCGUGACAGCAAGAUGUGCAAGGUGAUCACGGAGGACUCCUACCCAGGGUACACCCCCAAGCCCAGGCAGGACUGCAAUGCCGUGUCUACCUUCUGGAUGGCGAAUCCCAAUAACAACCUCAUCAACUGCUCAGCUGCAGGAUCAGAGGAAACUGGAUUUUGGUUCAUCUUUCACCAUGUGCCCACAGGCCCCUCUGUGGGAAUGUACUCCCCAGGUUAUUCUGAGCACAUUCCACUGGGAAAAUUCCAUAACAACCGAGCACAUUCCAACUACCGGGCUGGUAUGAUCAUAGACAAUGGAGUCAAAACCACGGAGGCCUCAGCCAAGGACAAGCGACCUUUCCUCUCCAUCAUCUCAGCCAGGUACAGCCCUCACCAGGAUGCAGACCCGCUGAAGCCCAGGGAGCCAGCCAUCAUCCGAAACUUCACAGCCUACAAAAACCAGGACCACGGUGCCUGGCUGCGUGGUGGGGACGUGUGGCUGGACAGCUGCCGGUUUGCUGACAAUGGCAUCGGCCUGACUUUGGCCAGUGGCGGAACCUUCCCGUAUGACGAUGGCUCCAAGCAGGAGAUAAAGAACAGCUUGUUUGUUGGUGAGAGCGGCAACGUGGGCACGGAAAUGAUGGACAACAGGAUCUGGGGCCCGGGCGGCUUGGACCACAGCGGAAGGACCCUCCCUAUAGGCCAGAAUUUUCCUAUUAGAGGAAUCCAGUUCUAUGAUGGCCCAAUUAACAUCCAGAACUGUACCUUCCGCAAGUUUGUGGCCCUGGAGGGCCGGCACACCAGCGCUCUGGCCUUCCGCCUGAACAAUGCUUGGCAAAGCUGCCCCCACAACAAUGUGACCAGUAUUACCUUUGAGGAUGUCCCGAUUACUUCUAGAGUGUUCUUUGGAGAGCCCGGGCCCUGGUUCAACCAGCUGGACAUGGAUGGGGACAAGACUUCGGUGUUCCACGAUGUCGAUGGCUCUGUGUCUGAGUACCCCGGCUCCUACCUCACCAAGGAUGACAACUGGCUGGUCCGGCAUCCUGACUGCAUCAACGUUCCUGACUGGAGAGGGGCCAUCUGCAGUGGGCGCUAUGCACAGAUGUACAUCCAGGCCUACAAGAGCAGCAACCUGCGAAUGAAGAUCAUCAAGAAUGAUUUCCCCAGCCACCCUCUCUACUUGGAGGGGGCCCUCACCAGGAGCACCCACUACCAGCAGUACCAGCCUGUCAUCACCCUGCAGAAGGGCUAUACCAUCCACUGGGACCAGACGGCCCCCGCUGAACUCGCCAUCUGGCUCAUCAACUUCAACAAGGGCGACUGGAUCCGAGUGGGGCUCUGCUACCCACGGGGCACCACCUUUUCCAUCCUCUCGGAUGUGCACAAUCGCCUGCUGAAGCAGACGUCCAAGACGGGGACCUUCGUGAGGACCUUGCAGAUGGACAAAGUGGAGCAGAGCUAUCCCGGCAGGAGCCAUUACUACUGGGACGAAGACUCAGGGCUACUCUUCCUGAAGCUGAAAGCCCAGAACGAGAGGGAGAAAUUCGCCUUUUGCUCUGUGAAGGGCUGCGAGAGGAUCAAGAUCAGAGCUCUGAUCCCGAGGGGCGCCGGCGUCAGUGACUGCACGGCCGCCGCCUAUCCCAGGUUCGCCGAGAGGGCCGUGGUGGAUGUGCCAAUGCCCAGGAAGCUCUUUGGGGCUCAGCUGAAGACAAAAGACCACUUCCUGGAGGUGAAGAUGGAAAGUUCCAGGCAGCACUUCUUUCACCUUCGGAACGACUUCGCGUAUAUUGAAGUGGAUGGGAGGAAGUACCCUAGCUCUGAAGACGGCAUCCAGGUUGUGGUGAUCGAUGGGAGCCGAGGGCAUGUGGUGAGCCACGGGACCUUCAGGAGCUCCGUUCUGCAGGGCAUACCCUGGCAACCCUUCCACUAUGUAGCAGCCAUCCCUGACAAUUCCAUAGUUCUCAUGGCAUCAAAGGGAAGAUACAUACCCAGAGGCCCAUGGACCAGAGUGCUGGAAAAGCUUGGGGCAGACAAAGGCCUCAAGUUGAAAGAGAAAAUGGUCUUCGUUGGCUUCAAAGGCAGCUUCCGGCCCACCUGGGUGACUCUGGAGACCGAGGACCACAAAGCCAAAAUCUUCCAAGUGGUGCCCAUCCCUGUGGUGAGGAAGAAGAGGCUGUGAGAACAGCUGCCACCUGGCGUCACCCCGGGCUACACUUCCAUCGUGGACUCUUGCAGCAGCCCAGGCAGGCUGGCUGGGUUCCCCCCCGGCCCCUGUCAACCCCGAUGGGCCAAGGGACAGAUAACAGAGACCCUGGUGCUACCACCUGCCCAUACUUGAGUCUACCUGCAGCCCCCGGGCAGAGCUGGCCGAUGCUGCGAACUCCCUUGGGUGCUUCUCUCCUAUCUGUGCCUCACCAUCGGGAGCUGUGGGGACCAUACAGGGACACCUGUGUUGUGCUGGCAGUAAAAGGUCUAUUUGGGUAGAAGCCUGGGCCCAACUAGGAGGUAGUCUAGAGGACAGGGCCACUCACAGAUCCCCAGUGUCACCAGCACAUUCCUUAGGUGGCAGAUGUAGGGAAGGACAUCUUUAUUCCUGGAGGUAAGGACCAGGCUUCUUGGGGUUAGGAGCUGGUAUGCAGGCGAAGCUGGCCAGGGGGGUGCUAAUGAGUCCUGCUACCAGAGGGGCUCCCCUGUCAGGAGGCCUCAGCUGGCACGUUGGGACAAGGACGAGGUGUUUCCUGAAGGCCCUGUCAGUUCCAAGGCUGCAGAAGCCUGUGGCCCAGCACGAGCUAAGAGCCUCCUUUGCACCAGGCGCUCUUGGGCAUGCAAGUGAGCGCUCAUGCCUGAGGGUGGGUGGGUGGCAGAUGGCCUGGCAGGUACACACAGUCAGGACUCAGGGUACUCUGAUGCCAGGCCAAGAGCUCAGAAAGAGAUGACAGGAUCACCGAUGUCAGCCUGGAGGAGGGGAAGUUCGCUCGGCUCAGGUACAUGGAAAAGGCUUGUCUUAGGAGGCCACGAGGCUGGCAGAAAUGAAGGGCGUUUUAGCGGAGAGAGGUGAGGUGUUCUCUGGAGUGUCUCAGACGGGGAGGCUCUCCCGGUGCCGUGUGCCACAGCUGAGUGACUGCAGGGUCAUCCUUUGUCCUCCAUAGCACAACUACUUAUGACGGGGAAGCAGGGUUGGGGAGGGAUGGGCUGGGCUGUGAUGCCAAUAUUCCUGUGGAAGCCAGUCUCCAGACAGCUCCCUCUGACUCCAAAGGAAGUGGGGAGUCAAGUCCAAAGACAGACCCUCCAGAGGGCCUUGUAUACGUUCUAUCUAGGAGGAGAAACCCUCUGGGAGACCGGAGCACACUCACACCACAGUGAGGCUGGGAGAUAGGAAAGGGUGAGGGACUAAGGACUCCUUGGGACCCAUCUACUCCGACACCUUCAGCCUAAGUCUGAGGAGAGUGAGAAAUCACUAUAGAGCUAGGUCCGGGAGCCCCACACCCAGCACCCACUGCCACGUCACACUGCCUCAACAACUGGCCCCAGAUGCCUAACGCUCCUGAAGCAGCUUCCAGAAAGGGGCACCGUGGAAGGGGAGAAAAGGGUGAGAAUACAAUGCUCUUUAGCCGAGGGCCUUUUCUCUCCUGCUCCUCUGUGCACACUGCCUGCUUUAUUCUUGGGGUUGCAGGGACUGCCACACUCCAUCGUGGGGCGCACACAGCUGCGGGAACUCUCUUGCGCUACCUUUCCUUGCAGUUUUUCUGGUACGGCCCAAUGGAUGGUGUCAGGAUAUACCGAUGUGCUGCUGGUGGGCCACAUAGGCUCCUCAUGGGCAUCAGAGAAUGGUUGGCUCCACUCCGGGACACUCAGUUAGUGCUCAUCCUUGCCUGCUCUGCAAACAUCUCAGAGAACCUGGAUGCGCAGAAACCAACUAUGGUCAGUACUCAUUCUCUCAUGAGGAACCGGGCUCUCCCUGGGUUUUAAGAACAACACGCAUCUCCUUUACACCCCAGUUACAGACUCUUUCCUCCAGAGAGAGCUUGCUUGGCCUCCUCCACCCAGUAGCCCCCCAGGAGCCUUGUUCCCAGAGCCUACUCCCCAGGUUGAGCCAACUCAGAGGCCUCCCAAGAAGGCCUUUCCCAUUGAACUGGUCCCCGGCUGCCAGGAGGCAGAUAUGGGACCCUGCCUCUUAAUCCAUGGCUGCUUCUCCUGCCAACAUUCAUGGAAGUGCUUCUUCCAGGAAGAUGAGUGGCGGGGGGGGGGGGGAGUCAAAAAUGACCUCAUUCUGUCUUGUCUAUAGUUUUGUCAAUGCAAGGGUCUCACACUGUGAACCACUUAAGAUGCAAUCACUUUUGAGUGGCCAUGAAUGUUGAAUGUUUUCGGCUCAAUUCAUUUAAAAAAAAAAAAAUCUCUUGGCAAGUUCUCAGAGUUGUAUAUAUGUUACCAGUACAGGAUCUGUACAGAAAAGCUUUCCCAAACUAUUGACCAAGAGUAAGUGUCUUGGUAGCACAGGUUCCUCUCCAGUUCUUGUCCUGCUUGUCAGCAUCACCACUGAGUCGGGCCUCUGAGGAGAAGUCCUCUGAGGUGCUUGUCUGCUUCCUGUUGCCUGCCGAAACAGCUGGUCCUUUUUCGGGAGCUGAAUGCAUAGUGUGUCUUGUAUGUAAACAUUUCUCAUAGGGGUCACCGUGGACAAAGAUAUAUUUUCUAUUUAUUUAUUAUACAUGCACUUCGAGAAGUCAUUGUCAGAGAAACAAAGAGUCAUUGUCUUAGGUGUUCUGUUGAAGGAUGUCCUUUGGACCACUUGGGAGGGGUGUGCCCAGAGCCACGGACACCAGCUCUGGUCUGGAAAAUUCUGCUGUACCAUAUUAAACACACAAAGGACA